AUGGCCACUGCUUACACUAUGGACAAUACUAGUACUCUAGUCAAAGUAAACUUUGCAACAGCAAAGGAGCUUAAAACUUUAAGUGGGGUGGGAGACAGGACAGCUUCAUCAAUAAUAGAGGCUAGGAUGAAAGGGGGAAAUAUCACAGAGAAAACAUUUGAGUCUAUAAGACAUGUAAAGGCCCAUGAGUUAAUGGACUUUGUUGAUUUUGAGCCAAAUCCAGAAUUUGAUUUUUCAAAUAUGGGGGGUGAGGACAACAAAGUUCAGCUCGAUAAAAGUUUGGACAGUCAGCCUUCACUCACGGACGACACAAAAGAUGAUAUGUCCAAAAUGUUGGCCAACGUGGGAAGUCUUGUACAUAACAAGAAUCAGGAUGUAGAGGUCAGAGGUCAUGCUAAACAGGAGCCACCCAGCAUGGAUCCAGGUGUUAAACCUAAAUCUAGGGCACCUGGAGCUCAGCUACCGGGUCAGUACCAACUGCCUACUUUGCCACAAACCCCUAGGACCCAGGUAUUCGCACCUCCAGAUACGUUGUCUCCUGCAGUAGCAUUGAGUACAUUCACACCUGCGAGUCAUCCUGUAAUGUCUAUGUCCACCGUUAUGACACCAACAGCUAUAUCAGGUUAUCCCAGCCAUCAUGGUCAGACUCCGGGAUAUAUGUCACCAGGGCAAUAUAGUCAAGCCCUAUCUGGUGUGUACCCCCCAAAUCACUAUGGCAUGCCUAAUGGCGUGUAUGGUGGAAUACCGUCACCAUAUAUGCCACAGACACCACCAGGGUACCCCCAGGGUUAUCAGCCCAUGUCUCCUUAUGGGAAUUACCACGGCCAGCAGUAUGGUUACCCACCGUAUCCAUAUUACCCCAUACCGCCACCACCUGGUUACCCUAACAGAUGCCACCGCAAGGCCAAAUAG